CAUUUUUGGGUGAACUAUCCCUUAAGCCAGGCAUUUUGCUAUCAUUUUAUAUUCAAAAUAUACAUCAAAAACAUGCCAUCAUUGUAAAAAAUAAACAGUUAUUUCUAAUAUAAAAUAAUAUGGUUAUGAAGCAAGUCUCAGCUUGUUAUUGAUAAUGCUAUACUUUUUGAUGUUCAGUUGUUUUUUAGAGAAUGUUGCAAUUAGAAUGUUGCAAUUAGCAAACGGUUCUGUUCAUAUAUUUGAAGUACUAAUAUGGCAGCUUUUUAAAACAGUUCACAUUAACUGGAAACUGAAUCGGUAUUGAAACUUCAAACUAAUCUGCCCCAUGUUACCUGACGUCACCUCUUCUUGUGAGAGAUGCAACAGCGCUGUGGACAAUAUUGAUAAAGUAACCAGUAGGAGGCGCCAAAUCUCAAAUGACGGUCAUGACAAUCGCUUCAUCAUCGGCCUGUUGAGUCUCAGGUCAGUGUAUGAUGCAGGUGUGAUUGUUGUCAUGAAGUCUAAAUUCACAUACCAAGCCCACAUUGUUAAUAAAUCCACAUACAGUUUCAUACAUUGUACUGAAAGCAAGGAAAACGACAUGAAAUGGUAAAUAUAGAUCAGAAGGCACUUAACAGGAGGACGCCAAAUAGGCUAGUGUGCGCAGGCAGGUAAUCCGAUUACACUCCCGACAAACCACACGCGAGCUCGGUAUGUACAGUCCACUACUGUACAAUAAAUGCUUCAUUUCACAUCCUGUUUUUACUCUCAUUCGCAAUGCCGCUCUUUAUUAACCGAGACCAGAUUUUUGCUCAUCAAGUUCACCUUCUAGAGCACAAACUACGGAGUAAAGAGGAGCGUAUUUUGGAGUUGGAAACAGAGAAUGCUCUCCUUCAUUUGAGACUCGCUGAGUGUUUGGGUAAACUUCGCCAUGAGAGGGAUGAGGAGAUUCAUGCCCAUAGAAAGAAACAUCAGCAACAGAGGAAAGUGCAGAAGUGCACAAAUGCAACUCUCUCCAAACUUCUGUCCGAAGUUCAGAUGCUGAAACAGGACUUGAGGGAUGUUUUUACAAUCUACGUGGGGUUCGCUAAAGAGCUGGAGGACCAAAGCAAGCAGCUGUUUCAAUGUGUGGGCACUGCUAGAAAUGCUGUUCAGAACUUCCAGAGUGAUGACCUUCAGAAGCUCCGGAUUCAGUUGACUGCACUUGAGCACUCUUUACAGCAAGAGAAGGAGAGGUGCAGAGAGGAGCGGGUGAGGAGGAAGCUGCUCCACAACACCUUGGUUGAGCUGAGGGGGAAUAUCAGGGUUCACUGCAGGGUGCGUCCAAUUCUGAACUUUGAUCACAUCCCAGGAUCCCCGACAAUCAAUGGGUCUUCAUCAUGUGAAGCAGUGGUGCAGGCCAUCAAUGAUGACUCUGUUUUUGUGAAUUGCGCCAAACCCUCAAGUCCUGUAAUGAGCAAAAUAUUUGAGUUUGAGAGAGUACAUGGUCCAGAAGACAGCCAAGAAACUGUGUUUGAGGAGGUGAAACCCCUUCUAACCUCUCUACUUGAUGGGUAUAAUGUAUGUAUCAUGGCAUACGGUCAGACGGGCAGUGGAAAGACACACACAAUGAUUGGCUCCCAGCCUGAGGCGCCCACAGCUGCAGUGCAGGACUCUCAACAGGGCAUCAUUCCAAAAGCUGCCAAUGAGCUAUUCAAGCUGAUCUCUGAGAAGCCAGCGGACAGUCAUAUGGUGGAGAUGUCAGUGGUGGAGGUCUAUAAUAAUGAAGUUCUGGACCUGCUGGCCAGAGAUGAAAACGGGGUGACAGUUGGGGUGAAGAGAGAGGUCAUCACCACCAGCACAGGCACCAGUGAGGUGCCCUGCCUAACACAUGAGUUGGUGCGGAGCUCUGCAGAGGUGAUGCAGCUGAUCAAUUCUGUGUUGAAACUAAGAUCUCACAGUCCCACCCUGGUGCACAUGGACUCCUCCAGAUCUCAUUUCAUCGUCACUCUCACUGUCACCUCCAAAAGCCCAGAUGCACUGGCUCUAGCUCGUAGGCUGCAGAAUGCCAGACAGGAUGUCCAGCGGGUGUCUCAGAAGGAGUGGUGGAGCCCACGCUGCCGGAGGGCCGCCUCUUCGCGCUCAUCUAGCCCCGCCUCCUCGCCGUUUAACUCCCCCUGUCACUCACCAUGCCCCUCUCCCCGUCACUCACCAUGCCCCUCUCCCCGACCCAGCAUCACACAGGCCCCCCUCAAGACCAAGCUGCAGUUAGUGGACCUGGCUGGGAGCGAGUGUGUGGGGAUGUCAGGUGUGACCGGUGCUGCUCUGUGGGAAAGCUCCUGUAUAAACCGCAGUCUCUCAGCUUUGUCUGACGUUCUGGGAGCUCUAGCCGAACGACGACCUCACGUCCCCUACCGCAACAGCAAACUAACACAUCUGCUACAGGAUGCCAUAGGAGGGGAUGCGAAGCUUUUGAUAAUGCUGUGCGUAUCCCCUACUCAACGCUUCCUCACUGAAUCUCUUCAGUCCCUGGGGUUUGGUGCCAGAGCCAGACAGGUCCAGAGAGAGCCGCCACGCAGGAAGAACAUGGCUCUGAAGAUGAAGUGACCAACAAAGAGAUCCAUUUGAUAGUAAAAAAAAAAAAAAAAAAGCUGCUUGUGUUUUUAUUUGUAUGCAGUUUGCAGGUUUAUGGUGCUCAGGUCAUGUUGAAUUUCGCGGUGCUUUGUAAAAAGACUUUGGGGUUAAAUUUGUUGAUAUCAUAGUUUAUACUAGUAUUAUUUACAAAAUAAUUCUAGUAUUUUUAGUUUAGGAUAUGUUAUACACUCUCUUUGGCUGAUCAUGCACUUUGGGGAUAUUCCUCUGAAAAAUAUGUUUACAGGUGUUUUGUGUUUAGUGUGAGUGGAACACUUCAGAUUUAGUGCAUAUGCAAUUAUCCAUUACUUUGUGCUAAAGUAUUGAUGUGAUAAUGAAAAAUGUAUGGCUUUGAAGUAAUAGUGUUUGCAACCUGACACUAGUUGACCUUAUAUUUUACUGCAAGGUAACGUGAUGCCUUUCCAAUGUAUAACUAUUUAUGUAUAUUCAAAUAAAAUGAGUAGUGUUAAUAAAAUUUAAAGUAAAACAAAUCAUCAACUUCUGUUAUUUGCUUUCAAAUAUUUUGUCCUGUUGUUACAAAGGGUGGACU